AUAAUAAUAGAAAAAAGAUAAAGUCUCGUACCACGCACCAAAGAAAAUGAGCAUCAUCACCUUUGCCUUGUUCUUAUUUCUGGCUUCCUUCGUCGUCGUCACAGCCCAAAAAAAAGUAUUGGACAUAGCAAGUUACGGAGGACUCCCUAAUGGAGAUAUAACUCAGGCUAUGACGAAAGCAUGGGCAGCAGCAUGUUCAAGCACUGUCCCAGUAAGAAUUUACGUAAAGAAUGCAAAGUACAAGAUGCUUGACGUGCAUUUGAAAGGUCCAUGCAAGGCUCCAGCGAUUGAAAUAUAUAAUGAUGGCACAAUUCAAGCACCAGGAGACAUGUCUCAAUUGCAUGGGGUUCAACAAUGGAUCAGAGUUGAAUAUGUGAACAAAUUUACCUUAUCAGGCAGAGGAACCUUUGAUGGCCUUGGUCCUUCUUCCUGGCACCAUAAUACAUGUGCCAAGAAUGUACACAACUGCAAAAUGCUUACCAUGAAUUUUGGGUUCAGUUUUCUCAACAAUUCUGUUAUUAGGGAUGUGACGUCAAAAGACAGCAAAAACUUUCAUGUUAAUGUUUUGGGAUGCAAUAACAUUGAAUUUAAUAACUUCAAAAUCGAUGCGCCAGAAGACAGUCCCAACACCGACGGAAUUCACAUAGGAAGAUCGGUUGGUGUGAGAAUCCUACACACUAAAAUUGGUACCGGAGAUGAUUGCAUCUCGUUGGGUGAUGGUAGUGUAAAUGUAACUGUAAAUGAUGUCACAUGUGGACCUGGCCAUGGAAUUAGCGUCGGAAGUGUUGGGAAAAUUACAUCAGAAACUCCGAUAGAUUCAUUCACAGUCAAGAACUGCACGCUCACCAACACGAUGAAUGGUGUGAGGAUCAAAACAUGGCCUGCCGGCCCAGGAACUAUUACAAUCACUAACAUGCACUUUGAGGAUAUUAUAAUGAAUAAUGUCUCCAACCCUGUCAUCAUAGACCAAGAGUACUGCCCCUGGAAUCAAUGCAACAAAAAGAUCCCAUCCAAGAUAAAGAUAAGAAAUGUCACUUUCAAGAACAUUAGGGGCACCUCUGGAACAAAAGAAGGAGUAACACUAAUAUGUAGUGCUGGUGUACCUUGUGAGAAUGUAAAACUCAGUGACGUUAAACUCACAUUCAAAGGAAGAGAAGUAGUAGCCAAAUGUUCUAAUGCCAAGCCCACAAUUACAGGAGUAGCGCCUGCUUGUGUAGGAGCAGCAGCAGCCUAAGUAUCCAACAAUACAAAACUGAGGCUUUUCUUUCUACUUUGCUUUCCUUUAUUUGUGGAUACAUAAUCCAUCCCCUUAUUUACUAAGGGAGUAUGGUUUAAGAUUAGGCAUAUUGUUACCCUUAAUGUUUUGAAAACACUAUGAUUUUCCCAAGUUUUGUAAUUGAUAGAUACCAAAUGUUGACUGUUAGUUGAGUUUUG